GUAAGUUUCACGGUUCCCUCCCUUUAAAAAGUCAGAUUCAGGUUGCUGUCGACUCACAUGCAGCUACAGGAGUGAGACAUGAAAACAGCCUGGUUUGCCGAUGCAGCGUACACUCAUAGAGGCUGGGAAGUGAUCAUUGGCAGGUUUUUCACGUGUGUAGAUGAAGAAGAAUCCAAAAUUGAGUGGUGAUUAUUCACCCAUUUUGGCUUGGCAUGUUUGGAUGUAACAAAAUGUAAAGCUGAUAACUGUUGGAGAAGAAGAACAACACAGCAGAAAGCUGGAGGAAGCACAUGACGUAACAGAGGGAGUUCCUGAAGACAAACAGAACAGGACAGAGAAAAACUGUGUGAAAGAGGAAGAGGGGGAGUGGAGAGAGACAUACCAAAGGAAAGAGAGAAGAACCAGUGAUAUUAAAAGGAGUAGGGAGUCACAGAAAGGAGAGAGAAGAAGAGAAAAACGUGGCCAAGUAUGAGAGAGGAGGAGCAAUCCAAUGGUGACCACCCUGAGGGAGAGGUGGUUUCCAGUGCGGAGAACACAGGAAGACCACCUUCUAACGCCUGUCCCGUUGUUGUAGCAACACCGGGGAUCACCGGGCAUAAACGGCAGACAGGCUCACAUACAGAGGAUCACGUUACCACGGUUAUCGCCACCACAUCAUUAGAUGAUGGCAAGGUCAAGCCAGGAGACGAUAUCCAGAUCUACACCCCAACUGGACCCAAAAGACUCAAGAGGAGUCCUCAACAUCGACCUCCUUCCUCAGGCCCGUCCCUUUCUCCUGUCCCCGGUCCUAGUCCUGGGGAUCUCUCAGCCCUCGAGGACCCACAUGGACAGAGGGUGAUCGCCAACAUCCGGGAGCGCCAGCGGACACAAUCCCUGAAUGAAGCCUUCGCCUCUUUACGUAAAAUAAUUCCAACGCUCCCCUCUGACAAAUUGAGCAAGAUCCAGACCCUUAAACUAGCAUCACGCUACAUUGACUUUCUGUACCAGGUUCUGCAGAGCGACGAGAUGGACACUAAGCUGGCUGGGUGUAACUACCUGGCCCACGAGAAACUGAGCUACGCCUUCUCGGUCUGGAGGAUGGAGGGAGCCUGGUCGACCAUGUCUGCUGGUCACUAGCCCUGCCGGAAAGCAGGAUUUGUCUUUUGACUGUUGCCAUAAAAUGUAUGAUAAAUUCCUCAUGACAGGGAAAUAAACUUACUUGAUGUGGAGGGCUGACUCACACUAUUUUAACACCUCAACUUAUCAUCUGUUUGCCUCAGUGAUGAUGGGAAGACUAUUUGACUCAAACCAAGAAGAGAUUCCAGUAGUUUUAUGUGAGCAUUUGGAUUUAGCUGGUUUUUAAACCACUACCCCUACAUAAAAAAUUGUAGUUUUUCAUUAUUGUCAAGCCACAUAUAUUCAAACAUCUGAACAACUAUGGAUUCUUGAGAUCACAAUGGAGGACAGGACAGGUGAGAGACAAAAACAGCCGGACUUGUAUCAACAACAUUUCGAGCCAGAUGGUUAAGGACCUCCUGUCCUAAAUGUUGCCUCCACAUGACAGCAUGGCUCAUUCUGCUGGACCUCUUGGCUUCCUUGGGUGCUGAAGCUUGACCUCUGGUUUCAUCCUCAUCAUCAGCCUCGAUUUUUAUCAUCAUUACUGCCAUCACUAUCAUGAUCAUCAUUACCAUCUCCAUCAUUAUAGCUGCUGAAUAAAGUGACUGUGAUCUUCCCUGUUCAUCUCUGCUCCAUGCUACCAUUUUACCAUUCUAAUCAUGUGGACUUUGAGACAAGUGGAAACAUUUUAGGUACCUCACUUUUGGAAAAAGGACUAUUUAAGAAUAUUAAAAGGCAUCUUGAUCAGGAUGUGGACUGAAAGAGGACAUUUUCUCUUGACAAGUUAACCAACAAAGAACUGUCAUUCAUUGAGAAGUAUUGAGAAGUAUUUGUGUUUAAUUUUUUUGCGUCAUACUACUUUUCCCUAGAUGUUAUUCUAAGGAAACGUAUAUAAUAGCUGUCAGUGUAAAAGACUCUAAAAUCUGCAGCUAAGGAACAAGACUUCAGACAGUAAUCAGGCUAAUAGGCGGUGUGUAAGGCAAAAUCCCUGGACAUGCAGCAUGUAUAUCAUUUUAAUAGUUUGAGACUGUCUUGAAAAUAAAACCGUCCUCAAACUAUUAGUGAGAUUCUUGUUGUUUUUGGUAAAACUGGAUGAUGAAAGGUGCAAAGAUUUAUACAAGUACCACACCCUCUUUGUCUCCUGUCUC